UCCUCUGACAUUGUGUCCUCUGGAGCCGAGAAGCUUCACAUUCCUCGGCUGUGAGCAGUAAGAACUUGGGCUGAGUGUCGGAUGGACGUUGUGUUUGCAGGCCUCCAGUCGAUCAGCUGGACAGCAUCAAAGCGCACGAACCGUUUGCGGAAUGUCGGAGAUGGUCCGAUCGCAGAGGACACAAGUGACUCAAACGUAAUGGACCUGUUUGACAUGUGUGCGUCUCCGAGCGCUUCGACGUGACAGCGGACUGUCUGUGCGUCAGGACGCCGCGUCUGUGCAGAUCUUUGGUUGCGAACAGGAGCGCAGCCGGAUGCCGCAGUCCUGUUGGAUCCAAAGAGAUUAGUGAAGGGUGGAGAGACUGUUUAGAGAGGGGAAGUCCUCCUCAGCAGCAGCAGCAGCAGGAGCGGCGGUGAUCAUCAGGCCAUGGAUGACUCUGGGAUAAUAAGGCGCCGGAGGCUGCAGAAGGAUUUGCCAUUGCCUCGCAAGAACAGCAGCUGUCGUACAAGCAACAGGAAAAGUUUGAUCCUGACCACCACCUCACCCACUCUUCCUCGACCACACUCCCCUCUGCCCCUCCCUGGACAUCUCGCAGGAAGCAGCCCUCUGGACAGCCCGCGAAACGUCUCUCCCAGCAACCCAGCGCACUUCUCGUUCACCUCCUCCAGAAGACCGGACGGGCGACGAUGGUCGUUAGCUUCCCUGCCCUCCUCUGGAUACGGCACUAACACCCCCAGCUCCACGUCAUCCAGCUCCUCUCAGGAGCGGCUGCACCAGCUGCCCUUCCAGCCCACCAUGGAUGAGCUGCACUUCUUAUCCAAGCACUUUGGCAGCACUGAGAGCAUCACAGAUGAUGAUGGGGGGCGCUGUUCUCCACACAUGCGCCCACGGUCCCGCAGUUUGAGCCCUGGACGCUCAUCUUCCAGCCAUGAUCAUGAGAUAGUCAUGAUGAACCAUGUAUACAAAGACCGUUUUCCAAAAGCCACAGCACAGAUGGAAGGGAGGCUGGCAGUGUUCAUCCAGGCUUACUCUCCUGAAAACGUUCUUCCAUUGGCCGAUGGAGUCCUCAGCUUCAUUCACCAUCAGAUUGCUGAGCUGUCCAGAGACUGCCUGGCCAAAGCCCAAGAGGGCGUCAUCACAUCCGUUUACUUCUUUGAGCUGCAGGAGAAACUGGAGAAGCUUCUUCAUGAUGCCUUUGAGCGUUCGGAGAGCGCUGAGGUCGCCUUUGUCACGGAGUUGGUGAAGAAGCUUCUCAUCAUCAUCUCUCGACCUGCCAGGCUUCUGGAGUGUCUGGAGUUUAACCCUGAGGAGUUCUACCAUCUGCUGGAAGCAGCGGAGGAUCAUGCAAAAGAAGGACAUUUGAUGAAGACAGACAUUCCUCGUUACAUCAUCAGCCAGUUGGGACUAACCAGGGACCCAAUAGAACAGAUGGUAAACUUGGACAGUUACGACAGUGAGGGACCUCUCACCCCUGAAACAGAUGACUCAACGGAGGGUAAAAUUAAAGCAAUUAAACCUCCAGGAGAAGCUGAUUUCCAGACCAUCAAGUUGAUCAGUAACGGAGCAUAUGGUGCUGUGUACCUGGUCCGUCAUCUGGAGACACGGCAGCGUUUUGCCAUGAAGAUGAUUAACAAGCAGAACCUGAUUCUGAGGAAUCAGGUUCAACAGGCCUUUGUGGAGAGAGAUAUCCUCACCUUUGCAGAGAAUCCCUUCGUAGUGUCCAUGUUCUGCUCCUUUGAAACCCGUCGGCACCUCUGCAUGGUCAUGGAGUAUGUAGAAGGUGGAGACUGUGCCAUGCUGCUGAAGAACAUUGGAGCACUGCCUGUGGAAAUGGCGCGCAUGUACUUUGCAGAAACUGUACUAGCACUGGAGUACUUGCACAACUAUGGCAUCGUCCAUCGUGACCUUAAACCUGACAACCUCCUGAUUACCUCAAUGGGCCACAUCAAACUGACAGACUUUGGCCUGUCCAAGAUGGGCCUGAUGAGUUUGACCACCAACUUGUAUGAAGGACACAUCGAGAAGGACACCCGUGAAUUCUUGGAUAAACAGGUCUGCGGAACACCAGAGUAUAUUGCCCCAGAGGUCAUCCUCCGUCAAGCGUACGGGAAGCCAGUGGACUGGUGGGCGAUGGGCAUCAUCCUGUAUGAGUUCCUGGUGGGCUGUGUGCCUUUCUUUGGAGACACUCCAGAGGAACUAUUUGGGCAGGUCAUCACAGAUGACAUCCUGUGGCCAGAUGCUGAUGAGGCCCUGCCUGUUGACGCUCAAAACCUGAUCUCCGCUCUGUUGCACAGAAAUCCACUGGUUCGACUGGGCACAGGUGGUGCUUUUGAAGUGAAACAGCACUCAUUUUUCACAGAGGUGAACUGGAACAGCCUGUUGAGACAGAAGGCAGAGUUCAUCCCUCACCUGGAGUCAGAGGAAGAUACUAGCUAUUUUGACACCCGCUCUGACCGCUACCAUCACGUGCAUUCAUAUGAUGAGGAUGAUACCAAUGAUGAUGAGCCUGUGGAGAUACAUCACUUCUCAUCAUGCUCUCCUCGCUUCAGCAAGGUUUACAGCAGCAUGGAACAUUUGUCCCAGCUGGAGCAUAAACCUCCCACUGUCACCCUACGGGAACACAAGGUCCCCAGGGAGGACCGAGGAACCAAAAGGGAAAGUCUGGGCAGCCUCACUCUCAGGGACAAGAGCUGGAGGACUGGAUCACCUGAGAUGAAGCGCCUGUCCUGCUCUGAGUCCUCUUUUAAUGAGAGUGAUGCCAGCCCCCCGUCAGGGGCUCGCAGACGUUUCUCCGCCCUCAUGGACACACACCGCUUGGCCUCACCUCUGGAAAUUGACUCUGAGCUGCUGAUCCUCAGCAGGCAGUCUCCGAUCAAGGCCAGGGUGGCCUCACUGGAAGGAACAAUGGGCACCACCUCCAGUCAGGGCGAUCUGAGAUCAUUUCUUAAAGAUGGCAACAACAUCACAGCUGGAGACAAACUUUUGAGAUCUCUUGAUACAUCAUUGCCUCUGCCUGCGGUUCUGGGACUGCCAGACCCACUGGUGCCACACGGGGUCUCCAAUGACCUCAUGCUGAGGAGGGUUUGCCGCCAUCAGCUGUCAGCAAAAGGAGAUAAACGCAACACACACACGGGAACAAAAGUGAUUAAAUCUGCUUCUGCCACUGCUUUGUCCAUCAUCAUUCCUGCAGUGGAACAACAUGGUGCCUCCCCUUUGGCGAGCCCCAUGUCUCCUCGCUCUCUCUCAUCCAACCCUUCCUCACGCGAUUCAUCUCCUAGCAGGGAUUACUUUCCCAUGGUCAAUAUCUUACAUUCUCCAAUCACCAUCCAUCGCUCUGGGAAAAAGUAUGGUUUCACCCUUCGUGCAAUCAGAGUCUACAUGGGAGACAGUGACGUCUACAGCGUCCAUCACAUGGUCUGGCAUGUUGAGGAUGGAGGCCCUGCACAGAAUGCUGGAUUAAAUGCUGGUGACCUCAUCACUCAUGUCAAUGGGGAGUCAGUCCAUGGCCUGGUGCACACUGAGGUGGUGGAGUUGAUCUUGAGGAGUGGAACCAAGGUGACUGUUACAACCACUCCCUUUGAGAACACCUCUAUAAAAGUGGGCCCUGCCCGCAAGGCCAGCUAUAAAUCCAAGAUGGCUCGACGCAGCAAGAAGACAGGAGCCAAGGAAGGGCAAGAUAAAAAGCGCAGCUCCUUGUUCAGGAAAAUCACCAAGCAAUCCAAUCUUCUGCACACCAGCCGGAGCCUGUCCUCUUUAAACCGCUCCUUAUCAUCUGGAGACAGCCUGCCAGGUUCUCCCACCCAUAACCUCACAGCGCGCUCACCCACUCAGACUUACCGUUCCACUCUGGACUCCCCGUACCUGGGCACCUCCUCACAGAGCAGCUCCCCAACAUCCAGCACCCCAAACUCUCCAGCUGCCUCUCACCAUAUGAGACCCAGUUCCCUCCACGGCCUGUCUCCAAAACUUCACCGCCAGUACCGCUCAGCACGCUGCAAAUCUGCAGGAAACAUCCCACUGUCCCCUCUGGCCCACACUCCAUCUCCAACCACCUCCUCUCCUCCAUCUCUUGCUGGUCACACAGUAGGGAGCUCCAACACUACUCAAACAUUCCCUGCUAAGCUCCACUCCUCACCUCCUGUUCCCAGGCCUCGGCCUAAGAGUGCUGAGCCACCCAGAUCACCACUGCUUCAGCGGGUGCAGUCAGCUGAGAAACUAGGCGCACCAGUUCUACCUUUGUCCUCGUCGUCAUCGUCAUCACCUUCUCCUCUAACAAGCGGGGUGUCAGUGCGCAAGCAUAGCCUGGAGGUGACACAUGGGGAUUAUAAGAGGGAGUCCUUUCAUUGUGACCAUAGCCUACAAAGUCUGCUUGAGAUGGAGGGAGAGAAUGGACCUGCCCCACCUUCUCCUUCAUCAUCUUCUUCCCCAUCUCCUCCAAUGGGAGGGGACAUUGGAGGGCCUAAGCCUGUGAGAAAGCUGGGAAGGCAGGAGUCCCCACUGAGCCGUGACACACUACUUCCAGUCAAAGAGAAAGAUACCCAAAUCCCAAUGUCUGAGCUCACGUUGUCCCACAGUGAGGGCAUAGUUCCAAAACCUGAUUCAAAGACUAGCCCUACUGAUCCUAAAGUAAGUGCAGGUGAAGUAGAGACCAAAUCUGCUCCUGUACUGACCCAAUCCACUACAGAGCUCAAACCCAGUUCCAAGAACAAGCCUCCCAGUGCACAAGCAUCAAGUUCUGAGACAGCAGUUACAAAGAAUAAACUUGGAGAGAAAACCUCAUCAAAACACCUGCAACAGCAAGAUACUAAGCAGCCGUCUGCACAGGCAGGUGGUGGUCCUGCAAGUAAACCUCAGGCAAAGACUGAAGAGAAAACAAAAGCUACAGACAAAGGUACUGUGCAGAAGGCAUCAAAUACAGAUCAUCCCAAGUUACGUAAAGUCACCGAGACAAGAGAUAAAGGAAGCAUCACUGGUGGUGAUAAAGCAACUGACAUGACCAAAGCCAAAGCUCCUGCACCUCCAGUUCUGGCCCAGGUUCAAAGCCCAGGUGCAACAGUAUCUGUAACUGUUGCAAGAUCCAAAGCGGAGAAAGUAUCAGGCAGUUAUCAUGGAGCCAGAGAGGAGAAGGCCCACCUGGAGGUCCUGGAGGAGAAUCCAAUGUCACCCUCCUCCGGUGCACCCUCACCCUGUUCGAGCAAGUCACGUCCAAUGUCGCCAGGAGAUAAAGCCAACUUUGUCACCCAGCUCACUAGCGUGGCCAAAACUGUUCUUGGACCUAUGAAAGUGGGAUCACAAGACAUGGCAAAGGUUAAAGAUACCACAAAGACUGGUGAGGAUAGGUGUGGGAACACAUCAGGAAGAUCGGAAUCUACAUCAGGCGGUGGUCGACGAGGCACCCAAACGGGUUCCUCAGCCAGCGUUGGCUCAGUCCACCCUGACAGAGGAAAUGUUCGGAGCUCAAAGCACCAUUCCUGAUAAAGAAGCUUUGAAAAGGUUCUGACUGUCCCAUGCAAUGCCUUUUAUGUUUGGAGAAAUGCUGUACCAUCAUGACAUAUCAUGAAAUAUCGUGAACAAGAGCAAAACCGCUGAACACUGCACCAAUCAAUGACGUUGACAAAAACACAUGACUAAGACAUAUCAACUAGUGUUUAAAAUGUCUGCACGUGGAAUCAUAAUGUAGGCCCGUGUACGUACAAUUCAUCACAAUCUGCUGUAGAAAGACAAAAAAAGAUAAAAUGUCUUAAUGCAUGUUUGACAUUGUUUGUGGAAAUUUAAAGAAUAUUUAAAUAGAAGAUAAAAAAUAUAAAACAGACCUAAAGAUAGCGAACACUGUGAUAACGUUUCAACACACCACAAUAGGUAUAGUUUUAGCUGGCAGGAUUCUGUUAAAAAUGGGCAUUAAUGAGUCAGUUUAAUUGCCAUUUUGAUCAGCUCCAGUGCCAUUAUUAAGUUCAGUUUAGUUGUAUAAAUAUGGCCAAGAUUUUAUGUUCUGUUAUGGAAAAGGGUUCAGGCCUAAAAGGAAUUUUCUUUUGCUGGAAAUAUUAUGUUUAACCACUGACAUAAUUGAAACUGGACCAAUACCAAUAUGUGGUAAUGGAAUUAGGGGAUGAAUCAGCUGAUUUGUUUCUGAUCUCUUCAAGGGCUGAAUUCCAGUUUAGUUGAGGUAUAGUAGAUAAACUUGCACAGGGACAUUAUGCAAAGUGCGAAUGAUGCCACUUUUGGUGUCCCCGAUUAUUAGGUUUACAGUGUGCUCAAGGCAAGAGUUCAAAAAGGAAAGGCUUGCAAUAAACCAAGCAAAGAGAUGUAAUUACAAAGAAGUCUUUGUACAUUUUAGUGAAACGUGCAAUUGCAUAGUGUUGGGUUAAAUAUAAAGAAGCUUUAAGAUCAGGCUUUGCAAUCAAGAAGACUGCAAAGAACCACACAGAGUGCAGAAAAAUAGGCUAGAAAUGUUCGCUUUGUUCUAUUUAUGCAAA